CUUUUGGAGUUGUAUUCGACAGAAAACGUCUUUGAACAGAAGAUCUCUUAUCAGGAUGUUUUACAACACUGAUUGCGUAUUAUCGUCGUUACAAGAUCAGCGAAGUUCAAAUCGGAAAUGAUUUGGAAACUUUGAAAUGAGAAAACAAACAACAUCGGAUCAUAACAUUCUUGGAAGUGAAAUAAGGUUUUUAUCUAAACAGUUAAGUUUUAAAGAAAUUAAAAUUGAUUGCAUGAACCGAGUAAUUGAAUGGCAAAAUAGAAUUGUACCGCAUAACUGGUAUAUGGAUAAUAAGUUUUAAAGAAAUGAAAAUUGAUUUUAUGAACAUAGUAAUUGCACGGUAAAAUAGGAAUUGUGUAGCAUAGCUGGUAUAUGGAUAAUUUUAUGAUGUGAUCGGCCAAUUGUGAAGUUGGGAAACAAAAAUGAACAACAGUUUCACGAAUGAAACUUACAUUUCUGAACAAAAGAUUUCUCAUUUUUUACAAACUAUAUUCAUAUUCCUGUAUUCUAUAAUCGUAGUAAUAGCUAUAGGGGGAAAUAGUAUAGUUUGCUAUCUAGUUUAUGCAUACAAACGGAUGAGAACUAUUCCAAAUUAUUUUCUUGUGAAUUUAGCAAUAAGUGAUAUAAUAAUGGCAAUUUUUUGUAUUCCGUUCACAUUUGUGGCCAAUCUUUUAUUAAACUAUUGGCCAUUUGGUGAAACCAUGUGUCCUUUAGUGAGCUAUUUACAAGUGGUAGCAGUGUUUCUGAGCGCAUAUACAUUGGUUGCAAUGAGUUUUGACCGCUAUAUAGUUAUUGUACACCCAUUUAGACCACGAAUUACUACAAGAAAGACCUUGUGCGUUAUUAUCAUUAUCUGGAUAUUAUCUUUAUCUAUACCUAUUCCUACAUUAAUCAAAUCAAAAGUGCAAUAUUAUUCAAACACAAGUGGCCAGUGUUUAGAAACCUGGGAUAAUAAUCACACUUUAAUGUAUGCCUACAGUACAGGAAUAAUGGUACUACAUUUUUUCGGACCGUUAGUUGUGUUGAUAUUCUGCUAUAGUAGAAUAGGAUAUAACAUUUGGAAGAAAACUCUUCAUGGAAAUGAUGAAAAUAAAAGAAGAUUACAGCUAGCUUCAGCAAAACAAAGGUUAAUAAAGAUGAUGGCUACAGUUGUUGUAUUUUACGCACUUUGUUGGCUUCCUUUCCAUGUUAUAACAUUGGUUGGUGACCAUGACCAUACUAUAUAUGACCAAAAGUUUAUGCCAAGCGUAUGGGUAUUCAGUCAUUGGUUAGCUAUGAGUAACAGUUGCUAUAAUCCAAUUAUAUACAUUUGGUUAAGUCCAAAAUUCCGUGCCGGAUUACAACUUGCUGUACAGAAAUGCACAAGAAGAAAGUCAAAGAAUUGUGAUUCGAACGAAAGCCUAGAAAAAAUUGGUCAAAACAAAAAUGUUAUUUUAAGAAUCGAGAAUAGAUCUUCAAAAAUUGAUUUUUGUUAUAAAAAAGGACAAAAACCACGUAGUGCUAAUUUUGAAAAACUAUUGGCCGGAGAAUAUAACAUGAUACCGGGUAGUAUACACAGCGAUACCUAAAUAUACUUUUUCAGGUGCCAAAAAUGAAAGCGGAAUUAAAUCAAAGUUCAGUGAUAUUAUGUAAGAGGAUGUGAUUGAACGAUAGUCAACAAAACUUGUUUUUUCUUAAUACAGGCGAAAUGUAUGGAGCCAUGCUGAAGCGUAUGAUCUUCUCGUUAAAUUCUUUAUAGAAUGAAACAAGUGAUUAUCGGUUGUUUUGUUUGUGUGAUUUGAUAAGCUUUGAAAAUAUGAAAAAUGUAUUUUGCAAUAAAUGCUGAGUUAAUAUAUGAAUCCAACUAUGAUGUGAAAUAUUACCAACCUCAAUUUGCAUAUCUGCAUAUAGAGAAGUGCAAAGUACAGAAAAACACUUUGUUACAUUGAGAAAUAAAAAAUUGGAAGACAGGACUAAGACAACACAAAAGACAAAGACCAUCACACAUUAAUAGCAAAUACUGCUAAUAUGUAAAUAACAAACAUCACUGAAAUUAAAUGUUUAAGUAAUCAAAAUAUAUAUUGAAAGAAAAACGAAAAUGUAUAUCACAAGAUAACGGGUAAGCAUAUAUUUGUUUGUAUUUAUGUUCUAUUCAUAAAUUCAAGCGAACACAAAAUAAACUCAACAACUUUGCAUGGGAUCAACUGGCCUGACAGUGUGCAGCAAAGCUUCAAUUUUAUUAAAGACAAACUAAAGAGUAUCUGUUACUGUCUGCCUAGGCCACUGCAGGUAACAAACACAAAAACCUACAUGAAUAAAAACAAUUUUCAUUA